GAUACGGGUAUUUUCAGCGUGUUGUGACCAAACCAGUGUUACGGAAGUUAUAAUGUGAAUUCUCAUCUAUUUUACUUUAAAUAAUUCUAUUUGACGGCUGCUGUGCAAUCCUGCCUUAAUGAAGCCGUGUGAAUAAAGUGAAAAAAUUUGCGCUGUCCAACAGUUUAUUUUGCAAUUUCAGAGUACAUGCAAUAUGACUUUUAUGUAAUCUGCCACUAUGAAACCUCCAUUUCGUCGGCGAGCUGAACCAUCACGCUUUCUGCUUAAGAGCACUGAGGAAGAGCCGACAGUGAAUACCAGAUCACUCUGCAAGGGAUGGAAUCGCAAAGAUCUUCAGAACUGUUUGCAAGCUUUGAAACAUCAGCAGAAUUUUGAAUCGGAAUUAGAUCUGACUGAGAUUCAAAAGAAAGUUCCCCACCGUUCUCUCAAAGAGAUUGAAGACCUGAUAAUGACCCUGAAGUCACGAGUGCUACAGAAGGUGUAUCUACAGGUUCAGAGUCAGAGGAGAGAGGAGCGCAAAGCUAAAGUUCCCAUUGAAUUGUGGGCAGAGCUGGUCCAGAAAAUCUCUAGAACCCACGAGAAGACUAUUUCUUCUGCAUUUUCCCAGAUGCUUGUGAUUGCUGCUGUUGAGCCCUGUGGCCUGAUGCACUCUGAACCUCCACACCCCAUCAUCCAAUCACCCGCUUCCUCCAGUCUUCACCAUGUCCAGCCCCCUAAAACGCCCUCUCGGCCUUCUGCUUCCUCUGCUGCAUCUCUUAUUCAGCCUGACUCUAGUUGUAAUGCUGUUGACCUUCUUAGCCAGUUGGAUAAUGCAUCCAGCAUUUCACCUCUAGUGUCUAAAACACCUGAAACGCCCACACCAAGGUCCUCACAGAUGACAAGAAGCCCAAGCCAACUGCAGUCAGAAGCAGAACCAACAGUGUCCAGUCCUGUUUCCACUGGUCCAGUGUCACUGUCAGUUUCCCCAAAUAUGCACAAUCAAGUUCAGUCGGAACUGUUAGAUCAUGAUUACCCAUGCAAACCAAUAGCGCUGAAGUGUGUUGUGAAUUUUGACAAGAUUUAUCAAUAUUUAAGUGACAUUGACUCUAAAACCUGCAAUUCAGCUCUUACUUCAAUGGAGAGCGCAGUGCUGUUGGAUAUGCUGAUGUGUUUGCCUGAAGAGCUCCCCUCACUGGACUGCAAGGAACUUCAACAUCAUUUUCUCCAGAUAUACUCACAGCUCACCCAACCUGCAAAAAUGCCAGCUUCCUCUUCAAGCACUGACAGGGACGUCCAACAGGCUGAUGUAGCUGAUUCUACUGCAUUAACACAGAAACUCAGGACUACUGUGGGAUCCACUAAAGAGCCCUCCAGUGAGUCAUCUUUCACAGAACCAGCAAAGGACAAAAAAGACUGGGCUACAGCUGGCACUUGUCCUCUCAAUCCUUUGUUAGUUCCAGUAGCUUUACUGAAAAGAUCGUCCCUGGAUUCUGAGAAAUGAUAUGCUUAGCCAGUCUCAGUUUAAUUCUGAAGAGGUUCAGCCAAGUUCUGUGUUUCACUUUGCUACAGGUGUAGAUGUUGUUUCUUUCUUUUGAUUUAAAGUUUAAUCUCCACAAAGCUGCCUCUAAAACAAUGGCAAGUCAAAUCAUAAAAAGAUUGUAAAAAGAAUAAAUAUUUAAAAAACUA